GUAAGUGGACAUCUGGACUUCUGCCCAUCUGCUAGCCCACCAUGGAGGGUCUUUUUUUCAACGUCAACAGCGGUUAUAUCGAGGGUAUUGUCCGUGGUUAUCGGAACAGCCUCCUAACCGGCCAACACUACUCCAACCUGACCCAAUGCGAGACGAUUGAUGAUGUCAAACUGCAGCUCGCCCCCGCCUAUGGCGACUUCCUCGCCUCCCUCCCUCCCAACCCUUCUACCUCUGCCCUUGCGGGCAAGAUGACGGAUAAGCUGGUCGCUGAGUUCCGCUACCUCCUCGCGCAGGCCACGGGGUCGACCGCCAAAUUCUUGCAAUACCUUACGUACGGGUACAUGAUCGAUAACAUCGCACUGCUCAUCACCGGUACUCUGCACGAACGUGACACUCGCGAGCUCCUCGAGCGAUGCCACCCCCUAGGCUGGUUCGAGACGCUGCCUGUUCUUUGCGUCGCCACGAACAUCGAAGAACUAUACAACUCUGUGCUGGUUGAGACGCCGCUGGCCGGUUACUUCAAGAGCAGUCUGAGCCAUCAAGAUCUAGAUGAACUGAACAUUGAAAUCGUGCGCAACACGCUCUACAAGAACUACUUGGAGGACUUCCACCAGUUCGUCACUACACACCCUGAUUUCAAGGGCACUCCCACACAAGAGGUUAUGUCCGAGAUUCUGCAGUUCGAGGCAGACCGCCGUGCCAUCAACAUCACCCUGAACUCGUUCGGAACGGAGCUGUCGAAGCAAGAGCGGAAGAAGCUGUACCCGGAGUUUGGAAAGCUGUACCCAGAGGGAUCGUUGAUGCUCUCGCGCGCUGAUGAUAUUGAAUCUGUGGCUCUGGCAGUGAGCAUUUCUGCGGACUACAAGGCGUUCUUUGAUGCUGUUGGUCUCACGCAGGGUGGUGGUGGCCUAGGUGGCAUGGGUGGCUCGGAUGGAAAGAGUCUGGAGGACCUGUUCUACCAGAAGGAGAUGGAGCUGAGCAAGGUUGUGUUCACACGGCAGUUCACUCCGGCUGUGGUGUACGCAUGGAUGAGACUGAAGGAGCAGGAAAUCCGCAACGUCACAUGGAUUGCCGAGUGCAUUGCCCAAAACCAGAAGGAGAGAAUUGGAAACUUCAUUUCCGUUUUCUAGAUACCAUCUCUUGUUGUUACCCCAUCAUUGUCCUUUCUCUCUCUUGAACUAUACGCCAAAAUAUGUACUCUUUUCCCCGCACCCGUUGCACGUGUGACUCUAGGGCGCCUUUGUUUCCUCCUAUCUCCGCUGUGUCUAGCAGUACCCAGUCCCUGUAAUGAGCGCAUAAAUCGGCCCAGCAUGUCCAUGCUAGUUGUUUUGGCUCUUCGAUCUUUUCUAUCCUUGACCCCACGGCGUUUUGGGAUUUUCGCUUCUUGUGAUAUAGUAUAUAGAUAACGCCGACAUUAUCUACCCUGAAAU